CCUCCCUCCCGCCGCGGCCCCGCGGCGCGGGGCCCGCCGCAGCGCAGCCGCUCUGAGUGACUCUUGAUGGAAGAACACGGAGUGACCCAGGCAGAGCACAUGGCGACCAUCGAGGCCCACGCCGUGGCCCAGCAGGUGCAGCAGGUGCACGUGGCCACCUACACGGAGCACAGCAUGCUGAGCGCCGACGAGGACUCGCCCUCCUCGCCCGAGGACACCUCCUACGACGACUCCGACAUCCUCAACUCCACGGCCGCCGACGAGGUCACCGCUCACCUGGCGGCUGCAGGCCCUGUGGGGAUGGCAGCAGCUGCUGCCGUGGCAACGGGGAAGAAAAGGAAGCGACCUCACGUGUUUGAGUCCAACCCCUCCAUCCGGAAGAGGCAGCAGACACGUUUGCUCAGGAAGCUCCGGGCCACGCUGGAUGAGUACACCACCAGAGUGGGCCAGCAGGCCAUCGUCCUGUGCAUCUCACCCUCCAAACCCAACCCUGUCUUCAAAGUGUUCGGUGCUGCACCCUUGGAGAACGUGGUACGCAAGUACAAGAGCACCAUCCUGGAGGACCUGGAGUCGGCGCUGGCCGAGCACGCCCCGGCCCCUCAGGAGGUUAACUCGGAGCUGCCACCCCUCACCAUCGAUGGCAUCCCCGUCUCCGUGGACAAGAUGACCCAGGCACAGCUGAGAGCCUUCAUCCCCGAGAUGCUGAAGUAUUCCACGGGUCGUGGGAAGCCAGGCUGGGGCAAGGAGAGCUGCAAGCCCAUCUGGUGGCCCGAGGACAUUCCGUGGGCCAACGUCCGCAGCGACGUCCGCACGGAGGAACAGAAGCAGCGGGUGGAGCAGAACUGGGCGACGCUACAGGGUGGGGAGAUGACCAUCCAGACGACGCAGGCCUCGGAGGCCACGCAGGCGGUGGCCUCCUUAGCCGAGGCGGCGGUGGCGGCGUCGCAGGAGAUGCAGCAGGGAGCCACCGUCACCAUGGCACUCAACAGUGAAGCCGCUGCCCACGCCGUAGCCACGCUGGCCGAGGCCACCCUCCAAGGAGGGGGACAGAUUGUCCUGUCUGGGGAAACUGCAGCGGCGGUCGGGGCGCUCACCGGAGUCCAGGAUGCCAAUGAGCUGAAAAUGUCGCUGCAGGGGAAGGCUGGAGGCUCGUCUGACCCGGGGGCACUCUGCGAGCUGCGGGCCCUUAAUGGCUCUCAGUGGGUGCAGGGUGCAACCUGA